CUCUCUCUCUCUCACUCUCUCUCUCAGGGGAGAUUUUCCAGGAAAGCAGAUUGUGCACUGGGCUAGUCUGCUUAAGUCCGUAACGCUUCUCACUACAAGGCUUUGUUCCUCCACAAAGACGUUGCGGCUUUAUCUCCUGACACGGCUCGUCUUCUGCCUCCUUUUGCUUUGUGUUCCAUUUGCUCACAUUUUCCACUCUGGUUCAGUCUUUGGCAAGCACUCCUUUCUCCUUGCCGUGUUUUUUGUUGUGCUCGCGUGUGCGUAUUGAUUCCACCCGUGGAUUAGCUGUGACCUGCUGGUGACCUGAGCCUCUUUGCUGCUGAUAUGGCUGCCGGGGUUGUUGUGUGCUGCCUGGGGGGCUGUUAGCCGGCAGCUGCUUUGCUCUCCCCCCAGUUGAAGGCUACUUUUCCCCCCCUCUGCGGUCAUGCUGCCCUCGGCCUCUGUCAGCGCCAUCCACCUCGCCUCCCGGCAGCUUGGGUCGUUGUUGCUGUGGCAACCAGGGAGGCUGGCUCGUGGGGCGUCCGGGGGAAUCCGUGGGCUGUCCUGCCCCCCGCUGCCUCCUCCUCUCCACUCCUCCUCCUCCUCCUCCUCCUCAGCCUGCCCAAUGCUUGAUCUGAUGACGAUGAAGGCAGGGAGGAGGAGUCAGCAGUGUGGAGGCUUCUCCACAGACGCUCAUCAGCAGCAGCAGGAGCAGCAGCAGCAGCAUCACCAGAAGCACAAGCAUCAUCAUCAUCAUCAUCAGCGGCAGUGGCCUGGCCUUUUCCGCUGCAAUAAGAGUCCCCCUGGGUACCGCCUUGGUCCCAGCCUCCACGGCAGCCUGUGCGCUAGCUCCGCUCCUCCUCCUCCUCCUCCUCCUCGUCCCCCUCUUCCUCCUCCUCUUUUUCCUCCUCCCCUCUGCCCAUCCCUGUGCCGCUCGUUCUGCAGCAGUGGCUCUCUUGGCGCCGGCCGGCACAGCACCAGCGGGAACAUGUCUGCCUCCGGGAGCGACUCCCCGGCCUCGGGGAAGAGCAAGACCAAAUCGCCCCUCCGCAAGCGGGGCAGCUUACAGAGCAAAACCAGCCCCGAUCUCCGUGGUGCGUCUGGCCCCAAGCCCCUGACAUCCCAGCGCUCUCUGCCGGGCACCCCCGUGACUCUCAAGAACUUCCCAGACCUGCGUACCUCCAUGGACGGCAAAUACAAAGAGAUCGCCGAGGAGCUGUUCUCGCGCAGCCUGGCGGACAGUGAGAUGCGCAGCGCUCCAUAUGAGUUCCCCGAGGACAGCCCCAUCGAGCAGCUAGAGGAGAAACGACACCGCCUGGAGCGGCAGAUCAGCCAGGAUGUCAAGCUUGAGCCAGAGAUCUUGGUACGUGCCAAACAGGACUUCAUGAAAAUCGACAGCGCUGCUGACUUGGAGUUCCUGAAGGAGCAGAGCAUGGUGGACAUGGGCCACUUCCCCAAGGAGCGCGACGCGGUGGUGGAGCGCGAGUACCAGCGCGUCUCCAUAUCGGGAGAGGAGAAGUGCGGGGUUCCCUUCACAGACCUGGUGGACGCAGCCAAGUGUGUGGUGAAGGCGCUGUUCAUCCGGGAGAAGUACAUGGCCCUGUCCAUGCAGAGCUUCUGCAAGACCACGGCGCACGCGCUGCAGGAGCUGGGGGAGAAGCCCAUGGAGCUGCGCGUCUACGAGGAGAUCCCCGAGACCCCCGUGGACGCAGAUGCCCCAGUGCACCCCCCUGUCUCUGAGACACACCCCUAUGAAGGCCAGGAUCCCAAGAACAUGCCCUCAGACAUGGGCUAUGGCUGCAAGAUGGUGAACGGAGUCGUCCAUGUCUACACCAAGAAGAACAACAUGGACAAGAGCACUGAGCUGGACCUGCCCUACACCGACCUGAAGGAGUACAUCGCAGACAUGAACAUGAUGAUGGCCCUCAUCAUCAACGGACCUGUGAAGUCCUUCUGCUACCGGCGCCUGCAGUACCUGAGUUCAAAGUUCCAGAUGCACGUCCUGCUGAACGAGAUGAAGGAGCUGGCCGCCCAGAAGAAGGUCCCCCACCGGGACUUCUACAACAUCCGCAAGGUGGACACCCACAUCCACGCGUCCUCCUGCAUGAACCAGAAGCACCUGCUGCGCUUCAUCAAGCGGGCCAUGAAGAAGUAUCCCGGGGAGAUUGUGCACAUCGAGCGUGGCCGCGGACAGACCCUCAUGGAGGUGUUCGAGACCAUGAACCUCACCGCCUUCGACCUCAGCGUCGACACCCUGGACAUGCAUGCUGACCGUAACACGUUCCACCGCUUCGACAAGUUCAAUGCCAAAUACAACCCCAUCGGAGAGUCCAUCCUGCGGGAAAUCUUCAUCAAGACGGACAACCACCUCGAGGGGAAGUACUUUGCCCACAUCAUUAAGGAGGUGAUGGCCGACCUGGAGGAGAGUAAGUACCAGAACGUGGAGCUGCGUCUGUCCAUCUACGGGCGCUGCCGCGACGAGUGGGACAAGCUGGCCAAGUGGGCCGUCAAGCACUCCGUCUACUCCGACAACGUGCGCUGGCUCAUCCAGGUGCCACGCCUCUUUGACGUUUACCACACUAAGAAACAGCUGGCCAACUUCCAGGAGAUGCUGGAGAACAUCUUCAUGCCCUUAUUUGAGGUCACUGUGGACCCGCGCAGCCACCCGGAACUCCACCUCUUCCUUCAGCACGUGGUGGGCUUUGACAGUGUGGACGACGAGUCCAAGCCGGAGCACCACAUCUUCAACAUGGACAGCCCUCUGCCCCACAAGUGGACGGAGGUGAACAACCCACCCUACUCCUACUACCUCUACUACACGUAUGCCAACAUGACCGUGCUCAACCACCUGCGCAGGAGGCGGGGCUUCCACACAUUUGUGCUGCGACCCCAUUGUGGGGAGGCGGGGCCUAUCCACCAUCUGGUGUCGGGCUUCUUGCUGUCUCAGAACAUCUCCCACGGACUGCUGCUGAGGAAGGCUCCAGUGCUGCAGUACCUGUACUACUUGGCCCAGAUUGGUAUUGCUAUGUCCCCGCUUAGCAACAACAGUCUGUUCCUUAGUUACCACCGCAACCCCCUGCCCGAGUACCUGUCCCGCGGACUCAUGGUCUCCCUGUCCACAGACGACCCCUUACAGUUCCACUUCACCAAGGAGCCCCUGAUGGAGGAGUACAGCAUCGCCACCCAGGUGUGGAAGCUCAGCUCCUGCGACAUGUGUGAGCUGUCCAGGAACAGCGUCCUCAUGAGCGGCUUCUCCCACAAAACUAAGAGCUACUGGCUGGGGCCGGGCUACAACCACGAGGGCCCCGAGAGCAACGACAUCCGCCGCACCAACGUGCCGGACAUCCGCGUGGCCUACCGCCACGAGACGCUGAACGAGGAGCUGAACCUCAUCACGCACGCCGUGCGCACGCAGGACGAGGCGGACGACGAGGAAGACUCGCUCUCCAUGGCCCCGUUCCCAGGGCGACAGACCAUCACCACGGAGCAGAAGCACUGAUCGCCAGGUCCAAAAUGCUGUCACUUCCUCCUCCCUCUCUCCCUCCCUCCCUUCUCUCUCUCUCUCUCUCUCUCUCUCUCUCUCUUCUCUCUCUCUCUCUCUCUCUCUGCAUCUUUCUCUGUUUCCAGCAUGAGGCACAAAGGGGCGAGGAGGAAGAGGAGGAGGAAGAGGAUAAGUAACCUCUUUUACCAAUCUCCUGUCUCCUCUUGCACCCAUAGCUGCUCGAGUCCCAAAAAAUGAAGCCAAGGAAUUAAUUAAUGAAAGAAAAAAGCUGCAGGGUCUCCGUUGUAUCAGUUUUAGUGGAUAUGGCCAUUGGUUACCAGUACACCCCGAAGCAGUUUCCUCCCUAUACCACAUUUGUAUAUUUCCUCUUUUGCUUUUAAACUAGUAUGCAGUUAUCAGAUUUCUGAUACUGUGGAUUGUUCUUGCCUCAUCUCUCCAGUUAUAGCCUCUUCACUGUGAUGCAUUUUUUUACCAUAUGAUUACAUGGUAUAAGUUAGCAACAGGACAUAUCGAUGUCCUUCAGUAUGCCACUUCUCUGUCACGUGUGCUUCUACAACAACGAGAUGCUUAGGGGACAGAUGCUUAUUAUUGGUCAUUUGGAUUUGAAGACCCACCCACAGUGACCAGUUUUCCUGUCAUGUGAUGGCUGCAUGUAAAGGUCUUGACCAAUCAGACCAUCCGUUUUUUUUCCCAUCACUUGCCCCCAAGCGCUGCAAGGCUGUCCCUAUACCGUAGUCAUGCUGCCUUAUGAAAACUGACACUACCUUCAUCUUCCAUGUUCUGUAGCAACUACAAAAGAGAGUCAUUUAGCAAAGUCAAUAUCCGCUGCCUUAUACAACGCACACAGAAACACCAACUAACACAACAUGACCCUUCCACCCACACAUUUUAAACUCGACGCACAUUAGCCGGAAUUUAAAACACACUCAAAAACGCACGCGCACACACACACACACACACACACACACACACACACACACACACACACACACACACGCACACACACUGUGUCACACAACAGACAUGUUUGAGAAAGAAAUGUACAAAAGUUCCACACAAGUGUGGAACUGUCCCUUCAGGAGGACCACAGGAACACAGUCUCAAGCUGCAUGUUCCCCGUACUCACGAGACUUUAAGGAUGGACAGAGAUAAAGACCAAAUCUAUGGUCUGGAAGAAACAUUCCAAAGUGUGAACAUUGUAGAAAAAUGUUUUAGUUUUGAUUGUAAGAAUAAGAAACAACCUGUAUAUUCCAUACUAAAUCUAUCUAUUUGAAGCAACACAUGUACUGGUAUAUGCGGCUCACAAGAAGGACGUUAUUCUAGUGUGUAGAGCCAUGGCGUAUUAUCUGUAUAUUAUAUAUACAGUUUGUACUGUACAGUGUGGUAGAGUGGACAUCCAUUCUGAGAAGUCUUUCACAUUUGCACAUAUACGUAUAUAAAUCAAGGUGGCAAAACGAGUGACUAGUUUUGCUGUCUGAGUUUGCAGAGUUUGCAUGUGUGAAGUGAAGCAUGUCGUAGUCUGGCACGGUUUGAACCGUAAGGGGGGCGGGGGGGGCCUUCUUUCAUUACCUCAGACAUCCCAAUGCCCCCACCCCCACCCCCCCCAUCAUUGUUGACCCAGUAUCCCUGAGCCUUGAGUUCUUCCCAGCGAGGGAGUUCAACCUGUGCUGACAUCUCUGCAUGCCCUCCUAUGUGGUCUUUAGCAAAGCAACCAACCAACCAAGCCAAGAAAUCCCUGUGCCUUUUCAGUUUUUUUUUUCUUUCUUUCUUUCUUUCUUUCUUUUUUUUAAGGCCUUUUGUAAGGUUCAGUGAGGUUUGACACGUCACUGCCAUUAGCUGCUUUCAGACAUAGGUGUAAGUCUGCGUGUUAUGUAAGGGAUAAUGUAUUGUCCGCCGGUAAUUAUCGGAAAAUAAGUCGAGACAGGAUGAACAGAACGCGCAGCGGAGUUGAAUGUGAAGCGGUUGGGCCAUGCAUCAAUUUUGGAACUCCGAAUUUGGCUGGCUCUUGCACUACUCCCCUCCUGGUAUUUCCGACGGACAUUAUGUAAGUGAGUCGCUGUUUGAACAAAGCGAAGAACAGUUGAUGUGCGCUGGUUUCGUUCACACAUAAUGUCCGCAUGUUAGCAUUACAUGAGAAUCACCUGAAGGAUUGGACUUCCAUUUGACAAAAAUCGGAAUACUUGGCAGGAUGUCUGAAAGCAACUAUUGAUAGUGGAAGUAUGGGAUGAAUGUGCUCUCAAAAGAAGUCACAGUUAAGAUGAGUAAAGUGAGAAUCUACUCACUGGCCAAAUAGUUAUGUUAUUGUUUAUUUUAUAUGUCAGCAGGCCAUCUAUUUUUUUGCAUGUGUCUGUGAUGUGUCCUUGUGGACUUAGGAGGAGGUGAAUGGACAGAAACACUGUUUACAAUGUACUGUCAAAUGUGAUGAUCCAAUACAGGAAGUGACUUCAAAUCCUGUCUGGUGACAUGAAGGGGUUCUUUGAAUGAUCUUAGAUGAUGGCGAACACCAUGACGAUCAAACCGGUAGUAACCAUUGGGGCAACUCUAAUCUCCAAGGUCAUUAACACCCUAAAGCGGUUUUAUUCCCACCCAGCCCUUUCUUUGAUAGUCAUACCACCCAAAGACACCAGCUUUCACUCAGAGGUCUUUUCAUUUUUAUGUUGGAUUUUAAGUUGGGAAUCACCCUCAUGUUCCUCCAGCUUCACUCUGGACAGGGGGUGAAUUAGGGCAGAGGUCCGUGCCCUCCACGUCUCCAAUCCUGUUUUGUUCUUUGAGGUCAAGCCUCUCUUGGCUCGCUCAGAGGACUCUGGACAUGAUGGGUCCCCUGUCUGUUCAGGACUCGAGAUGAUGAUGAUGAUGAUGCGCGACUCGUCUCGUGGAACUCGUGGAACUCGUGGAUGCCAACUCUGUGGACAUACCGUCGUAUGUGCCUCCACGUGAGGGCGGGGCAUGUCCACGUCAUCACUUGUUGUGUCUCAGAACGAGGACGAGAAUGAAAUUUGGUCCUCGCAAUGCUCGGAAGUCUCACUGUGAAAGGGUGUCAUGUGUAGAGACUUAAAGUGGAUAGCUAUGAUUUUGCUUGAAUAUAAAAAGUAUUUUUUAUAUAACAGAGAGAUAAGCAGUUUAUACAGACCAUUUAUUAAUUCAUGUGGUGAGUGGUAGCAGCAAAAUAAAAAAAAACGUGAACGUUGAGUUGUUGCAGAUGAUUGCCAUUUUUUUUUGUUCAUUGAUAAGCAAGUAGAUUUUUAAUUUGUUUUCCAAUUUAUGUCACUCAUUUAUUUGUAUUGUUAUAUUUUUAUGUACUAUUUCUUUGUACCGAUUUGAGAAAUUCACUCACAUUUCAUUAAAAAAAAAAGCAAUCGACCCUUUGAUCAUCAGGCUCAGUUGAAACAAUGCCUAUGUAUCUGACAUGGCAAUAUGCUUGAGGAGAGGAGAGAACAAAUCUGUAGCCUCUGACAUACAGCGUGUGGAAACAGAUUACUUUAACACUGAUGGACAUUCAGAGAGACCCAAACAAAUGUCCAGUCUUCGAUCUUGCUUCAGUGAUUCAGCUCUAAAUUGUUAGCUUGUCUGGUGAGCAUGAUGAGGUAUGCGAUGCAAAGAUGCAUGCGGUGUGCCAUAGCCACAGCUGUGAAGAUUUGAACUUCACCAUAGGGGUUAAACCAAACUUCUCCAUUAUUUUAAACCUUUUUUCAAAGUCUUCUAUUUGGAAAUGUCAUGACACGUGUCUGAAAUGUCAUUUCAUAAAUCAAGCUGAUUCUGUAUUCUGUAUAUCCUUUUCCAAACACCUUUUAUUAGAUGUAGGCUAAUCAUCUUUUCAUUACCGAGAUUCCUACAAAGGUUUACUCUAAAGUGUUUAUUCUGUUCUUGUUUAAUAGUUUGUGUGUAAUAUGUGAAAUAUGCACUUCAAGAUAGUAAAGCAACAUUGUUAAGAUCAGUGCACAUUCACAUCAUCACACUCCUACCACCCUGACUGUAACAAGGGUGUCCUGGAACACACGCUGUGGUGAAGUCAGGUGUGCUCCCAGGCCGUUAAUCUCUCUAAAGCACACACACAAACACAAUUUACAUCGUAUACAUGUAGAAUGUUUCUUUGAUGCUUUGUGAAAUUACAAAAUUAUGAACCAUAUUUGUGUUUAUUUUUCUUUUUCAAUAUUUUUGAAACAGCUGUUUUCUAUGUGUUUUAGAUUUUUUCGAUCUUUUUUUGUUUGUUUCGUUCUGUCUCUCAUGCGUGUGUGGGUGUGUAUGUUUUGUAUGCUCUUCAAGGUUAUAGGUUUGAUUUGACUUGUUUUUUUUAUGUAGUCACUGGUAUGCUUUCACACAAAAAGCAAUGUCUCACAGACUCCUGGAAGCCUCUGUGCUGGAACCGUACAUAUGUAAUGCUACGAUGAAAUAAAAGCAUGUAUAUUCA